AUGGGGAAUACGUUACCGAAUUUGUGGCCCUCAUCCAGGGCAAAGAAAGAAUACCGGGUCAUUAUGUGGGGACUUUGGUAUUCUGGGAAGACCACGAUCCUGUACAAUCAGCUCAAGGGCAUGGGUGAUGUCAUCCCCGUGUCUACAGUUGGAUUCAACCUUGAAACAGCCACACAUCAGGACGAAAACUUUCUUAUCUUUGACCUGGGAGGCCGGGAUAGAUUACGUCCGCAGUGGAAAGAGUCCUUUUCCAAGCCGGACGCGGUGAUAUAUGUCGUGGACGCCACAGAGACCAACCGACUCGACGACGCACGCUAUGAAUUGAAAUGUUUGCUUGAAUUUACUGGGCUCUAUGAUGAGAACAGUGAGGUUCCUGUUCUGGUGUUCGCUAAUAAAAACGAUCUUGACGGCGCAAAGCCCGGGGGAGACAUAUUGGAAGCGUUGCAACCGAAAGCACUGAAGAAGCAAAGGUGGAAGGUUGUUCCGUGCUCGGCUCUUAACGGCUAUGGAAUUGAUGAAGGCAUGGAUUGGUUGGCUGGACUGCUUGGCGGGGGUUAA